CUACAGUUUUUGUUUUUGUUUUUUUGCUUCUUUCCAAGCAACACGCGUUAAAGUGAUAUUACUGACUCUUUGGCUAGCUAAGUACAAUCUGAUGACUUCAAAGUUGUUACCUCUUAAAUGAAGGGGAUCCGAUGUAUAGCCAAGAACUUCUGUUGAUAUUCGUAAUAAAGUAUCGAUCGACUAGAGUGUGUUGAUACCAGUUGUACUGGUUUACGUGGGGCAACACGCAUGUUGGUUGGAAGGAAAUUUGGACGCAUAGAACGCAGACGCCUACAAGUCCCAUGAUGCCUCGGGCCGCGAAGUACGUAGGUGUUUCCGGUGUCCUGUAAGAUUUUACUUCCCUCUGCUCGGAUCGACGCGAACAACACCAAGAAAGAAGACGUUCCAAACUAGCGAACGCCCUAGAAUACAGUCGUCCGUCGAGCUCCACUUUGUUAGGCGAACAUUGCCAGGUGCGCAGCAUGUGGUGAGCCGUGGCCGAAGAAGGAAGAACAGCAGGAAACGUUGGUCGCAAAGGUUCAGGCCUAGCGAAGAAAGUUUGGUCGAGGGCCUGUAAACAACAUGUCGUCCUCGUCGCAGCCCUCCUCGAGACGCCAGUGGUGCUACCUCUGCGAUUUACCCAAGAUGCCCUGGGCCAUGCUGUGGGAGUUCAGCGAAGCCGUAUGCCGGGGCUGCGUCAACUACGACGGCGCGGACAGAAUCGAGCUCCUCAUUGAAACCGCCAGGCAGCUGAAGAGCACGCAUGGGGUUCUGGAGGGCAGGUCUCCUGGCCCGCAGCAGGGCAAAGCCAGCACGGCCGGGUCCGCGGAAGCCGGGCGGCUCGACAGGGGCAGGGGCGAGUACGGCGUCGCGUCUCGCCUGCCGAACGGUCUGCACAGAGCUGAAGACGUGGCGCUGUCGGACAGCAGCCGGCAGAGCCCCAACGCCCGCAGGGCGAUGGCCGGGGCAGUUCCGAGUCUCCACGGAACGAUAUCCCACGCUUUGAUCGCUCAGGGCUUAGUCGCGUCCCCGCACGGGCUCCUCGCGCCGAUGUCUGGCUCCAGACCGGGGGCCGCUCCCGUGGCGGUCUCGGCCGGCCCCAUCAUGAGACAGGCCGCGGCUCUGGGCGUGGGAGCGAGCACGUCUGCCCUGGUGGGCAUCGACCCGGCCGCGUGGAGGAGCAGCGAAGCGAUGGCGGACCUCAACGAGGUGGCGCGCAGCAAGGUGGAAGGCUGGCCCAACAAACCCAAAGUGGUCAGGGACGUUCUCGCGGCGCUCAGCACCUGCGUCCCUUUUCCGGUGCGCUUCAGGAAAGAGCACAAUCUGAUGGGGCGCGUUCUGGCGUUUGAUGCCGGCGCCGCGCCGGACUUCGAGCUCAAGGUGUUCGUGGAGUAUCCCGUCGGCUCCGGGAUGAUCUUUUCCGGAGUUCCGGACCUGGUCAGGCAGAUGUUCCGCGACUCUGCCAAGGACGCCGGGAAAGCGGUGAACUCCGGCUUACGCUACGUGGAAUAUGAGAAGCGGCAAGGCACCGGAGACUGGCGGGGGCUGUCGGAGCUGUUAAACGACGGCGUGCGUCUGUUCAAGGAGCCGCCCAUCCCCGAGGUUCUUCCGCAGCCGGACGCCGGCUUGCCCGUGGCGGUCGCCGCGCGCUCCGUCCAGGCCAAGAGCGCAACUCGGCGCCGCAAGGCCUCUCCGGGCUCCGAGAACGGCGAGAGCGACGGCAGACCCGAUCACCCGUCCCGGGAGGUGUGGUCCAGAGGCGCUUACCCGGGCAUGGAACCUCUCCCGGGAAUGGACGGCCCCCCUCGUUUACACAGCCAGCCCUCGCCCAUGUCUGCGCUCAUGGGCGUCGCCGACAGCCUGAGCUCCGGCCAGGCGGCCAGAGACAGCCCCGGCGUGUCCUCAGCGCACACGUCCGCAGCCGGACGCGCCGCCGCCGGCAGUCCCUCCGCCGCCACCGCCUCCACCUCUGUCUCCCAGGCGUCCGUGGGCCCGAGCGGCGGCGAGUCGGCCGGCGGCGGUCAAGGCGCCCUGCUCUGCUGCACCCUCUGCCGAGAGCGUCUGGAGGACACCCACUUUGUCCAGUGUCCCUCCGUCCCACACCACAAGUUCUGCUUUCCCUGCACCAGAAGCUUCAUCCGCAGCCAGGGCCAAGGCGGCGAGGUGUACUGCCCGAGCGGAGAGCGCUGCCCCCUGGCUGGGUCCACCGUGCCCUGGGCCUUCAUGCAGGGGGAAAUCUCCACCAUUCUGGCCGGAGACGGAGACGUGACAGUAAAGAAGGAGAACGACCCUUGACGUCGCCGUCCUCCCAGCAGCGUGGAUGAUUGAUUGAUUCCAAAGCACUUCCCUACCACGUAAAGCAGAGGUUUCCCUCUCUGCAGUUCAUCAUGUGCCUCUCAGGACCGAAGAGCUCCCACGUCGAAGAGGACAAGACUUUGCUUAAGGACACAACAUGACUCAUGCUUUUCAUCAGGCCAUUUUCCAAGCACACCCUUUUUAACAAAUAAACAAAAAAAAAGACAG